UACGCAAAAAUUUAAGAGAACAAAUCGCUACAAUGCUUACUGAUAAGAAGCAACAUACAAAUAGAGAAUGGGUUAGUUUGGGUGUAUGUCUCAGUUUCGCAAUUUAAAAAACAAAACUUGCUGCCUUAUCAGUCAGUGCUAGCGAUAAGCGAAAGCGUUGGUAAUUUGCUGCAGUUUGUUAACAACCACAAUGCCAAACAGCUGUCAAUGUUUACGCUGGACACUGAUCUGUCUGGCGCUUUGCCUGGUCAACUCCAGACGCUGCAAGGUGCCCUAUGAGAAGGUGGAGGAGCACUACUGCUAUUACAUAGCCGAUGACAUGCCCGAAACGGCCUUUAGCAACUUUUGCUAUCAGGACAAGCGCACAUCGCGUGUUUGCCUGGAUAGCGACAAGGAGAUGCGCACAUUGGCCAAUUUUCUAUAUGCCAGCGGCUAUGACAACGGCACCGAAUUCUGGAGCGCUGGUCACCGCUGGGCGGGCGAUUUGCAAUUCUAUUGGAACUACUUUGGACACGCCCGACGUAUGAACUACACCAACUGGCAGCUGGGCGAACCCACGCCGCGUAUGGGACGCAACUGUUUGCUGCUCACACUCCAGGCCGGAGAGCUGAUCAUGAGCAGUGCGUCUUGCUAUACACGCGCCAUCCAGAUCUGUGAACAACUGUUGACCAAUGAGCCGAUUGUUAUGCACUGACGCCGCCAGCCGCAGCUCACGAGCAACGCAACCCACAAAGCCGCCAAAAGCGAUAAGUAAUCAGACAAAGUGCAAUCAACAAUUUUACAACAAGUACAAAAGUUCUUCACAGCGGAAAUUCCAAUUCCUAACUAAAGUGAAGUAAAGAGCAUUUUUCAUUUCUUAUAUAAAAUUAAUACAAAAUCAACUUUUUACUGUUUUGCACAAAAGUAUUUACUGUACUAAUAAAAUGCAAAAUUGUAAACAACAUGAUGAACUUGAAUCAUAAACAAAUUCUCUAAAAUAAACAAAUGAUGCAGCCGAGAUGUUCGAGGGUAUAUGCUUAUAUAAAUUUCUUAUAUACGCAGUGAACUGAUUACAACAAUUGCUAUAUAUAACUGAAUGUGGUUGAUAAGACUGAAAAUAUGACUUCUGAUGAUGUUUACAAUGUUUAAUAAAAAGCAAGUUCCAGUCGUUUUUAGGUCGCACUGGCAUAUGGUUGAUAUAAAAUGGAAUUCUUAGUUUUCCCGCGAUUAUUAUUAUUUAUUGGCAUUGCAAAUAUUGUACAAUGCAGUUAUGUCUAUGAGAAAAUUGGUGAUGGCUAUUACUUUAUAGCGAAUGGCAAUGAGAAUGACACAGAUGUAAUCUACUUCGAUUGGUUUGAGGCAAGAGAAAGCUGCAGAUCACAUAGCGGACAGCUUUUGUCUGUGGAGAGCGCGCAGCAGCUGCUGGAUCUACAAAAUUAUAUUGUAGCCGCAGGCUAUGCCAAUGGCAGCACCUUCUUUACAUCUGGCCACAGUUUCUUUAGCAAUAGUCCAUUUACUUGGGAUGCACUGCAGCAGAGGGUAACGUAUACCAAAUGGUUGGCAGGCGAAGCGCCACCGCGCAAGUCCUACUUGGGUCUACAGCUCAUCAACUCGGAGCUGUUCAUGCGCUGUUCAAACGGCGCUGAUCAGUACUAUAUAUGUCAAUAUGAACCUAUAUGUCGGCGACUGCUUGUAAAUCUAAGGAAAUUGGAUCUUACUCUAAUGGUUUCAGUUUUUGCAACCUUAAUAGUUUUAUAUGCAAUUCUUUGGCUAGUGAAAAGACAUAAACAAAAUCAAGCGCUUAGCAGCUAUGAAAAUUUAAAAACCGUAGAUGUGUGAAUAUAUUGAUUAUCUAUAGAUAUCUAUAUCUCAAGCUGGAUUGACUGAGAUUUGUAAUAUAUAACAAUUCGAACUGUUUUACUUUGCAGUUCUUUUAUUCAAUAAUAACUUAUUUAACUA